AUGCCAUAAUUCGGCGGCUAUAAAGGCCAGCGAGACGGUUUGUCUGCGUGUACCCAGUUUUCUCACCCUUGUUUAUCUGAAUGGGGUUGUCAGUUCACCCCGCGCCAGUGCUUCCGUCGACCGCCUCGCGAUGGCACGCUCGCUGCUCGUAGCGGACUUUUCACGCGUCAACGUGAUUCGUGAACUUUCAUAAUAAUAAUUCAAUUUAUGUAAAAAAUGACUCUUUUUUUAAAUGUAUACGGUGUUUUAUGGAUAGCGUUAACAGCUUGCAGUACGACAGGUCGAGAGAUUCCGGGACAGAAUGUCGUAUCAGUCGCACCUAUUGAAGUGCCCGACGAGUCCAUGUACCCAAGAUUUGCAGAGCCAAUACCAAACGUUACCGUAACUGUCGGCAGAGAUGCAUUGCUUGCUUGCGUCGUCGAUAACUUGAGAGGGUUCAAGGUGGCGUGGGUCCGUAUGGACACUCAAACAAUUCUGAGUAUCCACCAUAACAUCAUUACUCAGAAUCCUCGCAUCAGUCUCUCAUACAAUGACCACAGGUCGUGGUACCUUCAUAUAAAGGAUGUGCACGAAGUGGAUCGAGGAUGGUACAUGUGUCAAGUCAACACGGACCCCAUGCGAUCCAGAAAGGGCUAUCUUCAAGUCGUAGUGCCACCAUCAAUCAUUGACAACAUGACGUCGACUGACAUGGUGGUAAGGGAGGGUGCUGAUGUCACCAUGGUAUGUCGAGCAUCAGGAUAUCCAGAACCCUAUGUGAUGUGGAGACGGGAGGAUGGACAAGAUUUUAAUUACAACGGAGAAUCAGUAAGUGUGGUCGACGGUGAAACACUCACGAUAACGAAGGUAUCUCGCCUGCACAUGGGUGCAUACCUGUGCAUUGCAUCUAAUGGAGUGCCACCUUCAAUUAGCAAACGCAUCAUGCUCAUGGUUCAAUUUCCUCCGAUGUUAUCAAUUCCGAAUCAACUAGAAGGCGCCUAUCUCGGACAGGAUGUAACGCUGGAGUGCCACACAGAGGCGUAUCCCUCCUCCAUCAACUACUGGACAACGGAUAGGGGAGAUAUGAUAAUAUCCGAAAUGGAAAUUGUAGGUGGGAAAUACGAAGCGAUUCCAGUCGACAGCGGCUACAACAAGUUCAUGAUGCUCAAGAUACGGAAUAUAACGAAAGAAGAUUUCGGUUUCUACAAGUGCAUCGCCAAGAACUCGCUCGGGGAAACUGACGGCAUUAUUAAACUCGACGAAAUACCAGCCCCGCCGUCCGCCUUUACGACCACUCAGAAACCGAUACUAGACAACCAAACAAUAAGGAAAAAAGGGCAACUUGUUCAAACGAAUGAAGCAAUCAGCUCAACCUUCCAAGGUGAGGUGUUUGAUGGACAAAUACGGGACUUUGAUUUCUACGAGAACUCGGCUCCGACGCACAAUUUGAAUAUUAAUUUUAUGCUAUUAUUUUGUUUAUAUCACAUAAUUUUAGUAUCCUGAUGUAAAGUUUGAUAUUUUUUUGUGAUAAUUUACGCAAAUAUCAGACAUUUCAGUGAAAUACAGUUUUUUUUAAUCAUGGCCAGGCUUACUCUGUAGCGUCAAUAGAUAUUCUGGUAUUCUGAAUUCUUGAGUCUUCUGUCAUUGUAUGCGACACGAGCGCUGCAGAUAUUGAAAGAAUAUCAAGAUAAUAUUUAAUAGAUGUCAUCGUAAUGUAAUGUUGGACUGUGGAAUCAAUAUCAGUUUCACAGAGUAGCAUUACACCUCACGAAACUUGAAUAAAUAAAAAACUAAAUCAAACAGUAGGACAAUUCUUUACGGAGUCACAUUAUAAAAAAAAUAACCUUUAACAUUUAAAACUGUAUUUCAUUGAAACAUGUUCUGUAUCAAUACGAGUUCCUUUAUGUCAUGCUGAACAGACAAUAACAUUAUUGAAGUCUGCGACCGAGUUUGUACGAACCUGACAUUUCUAGGCUUAGACUAAAUGAAUGACUAGAUGUUUCAAUGUGAUUGACGUUUUAUUUGCCAAAGAAUACUUUGCGAAUUUCGAGGAGUGAGCACGAAAAUAACGCUUUCGUUAUCGCUUUCUACAAUAAGGUGCUUUGAAAUUAUAUACGAUUUAUUUAACGCAACUAUUAUACACUAUAUUAUUGAUAAACAAUGCUAUAAAACGCAGCUUAUUAAAAUGUUUGGGAUUUAUCAUUAAUUAAAUAAAAACCUGCGUAAAAUAUUGCCUCAUACUAAAUCCUAUAGUAUAGGAUUAGGACCUAGGGGUCCCGUAGACGCCAAAAGUCAAAAGGGCAGUCGUGGCACUCCAUGAACACUCAUUUAACGCACUCAGCGUUGCCGGCCUUUGAGGGAGGAGUACACACUUACUUUGAACAGUUGUCAUAUCUCUCAGGGAAGACUCCCACCUUGAGUCGAUUCCACAGUUCGCUAGUUCGCAAGAGAAUCAUGUAAAGCGGUAUGUAGUAGUAUAGUAUAUUGAAUCACAGGAAUUAUUAUUAUAUAUUUCAAAAUAUGGCUUAAAGGUUAAUUUAAUUCUUACUAGGUGUUACUGAGUAGAAUCAUUCGACGCUUCAGAUAUGGAGACCACAAAUGACAUUUAUUGUGUCAAUCAUUUUUUUGAAGCUAAGUUAGAUAGUCAACAAAAACAAAUGACUAUAGACAAUCAAAUUCAUUUAGUCUAAACUGGACAUUUUGGCUUUGUUUUGAAGUAGAUGUAAUGUCUCAUGUAUAAAUAGAUUUAGGUCGAAUUUUCUACAUCGAUUUUGUAAAUUUUGGAUAAGCCUUGUAGGAUCUUAGACUAUUAAAACGAGUCUUAAGUUAUUAUCUAGUAUUGAGUACUGUAAAGCGUCUUACACACUUUAUAACAAGAUUUAAGUUUGAUUCACAUUUCGAAUGUGGAACAUAUACUUAGUAAUUAAUUGUUUUCUUCCUAAUGAGCGACACAUGCGUACUAUACAAUCUACAGAAUCGUUUGUCGAAUAAAACUCAUGCUUGGUUCACUGUUUUUGUAGUAAACGCACAAUUCCAAAUUUAAACUGCCUAUUCUAGAAUUUAGAUCGUUAAUGUUGUUUAGGAAACAAAUUGCUUUAUUUUAUAGCGAUACACAUAUUUUUUGUAUUUAUUUAAACAUUGUAUUAAGUAGACCUUACCCAAAUAUAACUGAAAUAUUGUACCUAAUAGAGUAUUUUAUCAUUCAGCUGUUAAAAGUAAAAGGAAAACCAUGAAGUGACGUUUCAAUAAAAUCAUGCUUUGAUAAAUUGUUGUUUUUAUUUUGUUAAU